UGAGGCGGAAGGCAGCAGCCGAAACGGUACGGCCACUGAGGUUGGAGUUAUGUUCUGAAGCUGUAACAGUUUUGGUCGACAAAAGGACCUAGUUUUUACAGUAAAGUCGAUAAGGAGGAGCCGCUACUUCUUUCCUUUCGUCGUUUUUGUCAUUCCCUUGGAGGGUUUGUUGUUUUCAUGUUGUACAAUUUCCAGCGCUUGCCUGACGACUUCCAAGCGGCGAAUCACAUCAGUUCGCCCGGAGGGUCCUCGUCAGCGGCGACACCCUCUGCUCCGCCACCGUCAAGUGCUUAGAAAAUGACCGGAGAGAAGAUCCGAUCCUUGCGCAAAGACCACAGGCCGAGUAAGGAGGAGGAUUUACUGGAACCGGACGAGGAGGCAGCCACCGGGACGUUCACCUCCACCAAGACCAACCAGAAGAGCAGGGCCAGUAAGAUCUUCAGCAAUCACAAGUUAAUCAAGUCCACGCAGCAGCAGCACCACAACCAGCAGCAGAUCAAUGCGAACACUAACUCGCUGUCGACGGGGGAUGUCAUCGAUGACAACAACAAAAACCCUAUCAUCCGAACCACACCGGACUUCCCGGUGCACGAGUGUGUGUUUAAAGGAGACGUCCGCCGUUUGUCCUCGCUCAUACGGACGCAGAACAUCGCCCAGAAAGACAUCCAUGGAAACACACCAUUACAUCUUGCUGUCAUGAUGGGACACAAAGAGUGUGCCCAUCUGCUGCUGGCCCACAAUGCACCAGUGAAGGUGAAGAAUGCUCAGGGAUGGAGCCCUCUUGCUGAGGCCAUUAGUUAUGGAGACAGACAAAUGAUCACAGCACUACUGAGGAAGCUCAAGCAGCAGUCGAGGGAGAGUGUGGAACACAAGAGACCCAAGCUGCUGAAAGCCCUGAAAGAACUUGGGGAUUUUUACUUGGAGCUUCACUGGGACUUCCAAAGUUGGGUGCCUUUGCUCUCCAGAAUCCUGCCUUCAGAUGCAUGUAAGAUCUACAAGCAGGGUAUCAACAUCAGAUUGGACACAACGUUGAUAGACUUUACAGACAUGAAGUGCCAGCGCGGCAACCUCAGUUUCAUCUUCAAUGGUAAUGCCGUUCGUUCGGAAUCUUUUGUCGUUCUGGACAAUGAACAGAAGGUCUACCAGCGAAUACACCAUGAGUCAUUAAGAAAUACAAAGAGUACUUCAUGUUUAUCUGUGUGUGGUGUUUUUCAGGAGCGUGUAGGAAACUUUCUGGCAGAUUUCUACUCUGUGAAUGGCCUGGUGCUGGAGUCCAGGAAGAGACGGGAGCACCUCAGUGAAGAGGACAUCUUAAGGAACAAAGCCAUCAUGGAGAGCCUGAGUAAAGGAGGAAAUUUCAUAGAGCAGAACUUUGAGCCGGUGCGGAGGCCGUCACUGACCCCACCAUCACCCAACACUAUAUCCUGGGAAGAAUACAUCUCUGCUGACAACGGAAGAGCACCUCAUCUCGGCAGAGAGCUGGUCUGCAAAGAGAGCAAGAAAAACUUCAAAGCCACAAUAGCCAUGAGUCAGGACUUCCCUCUCGGCAUUGAAUCGUUACUGAAUGUUCUGGAGGUAAUUGCACCCUUCAAGCACUUUAAUAAACUCAGGGAGUUUGUUCAGAUGAAGCUUCCCCCAGGCUUUCCUGUCAAACUCGACAUCCCAGUCUUUCCUACGAUCACAGCCACGGUGACAUUUCAAGAGUUUCGCUAUGAUGAGUUCGAUGAGUCCAUUUUUACUAUUCCUAAUGACUACAAAGAAGACCCGACUCGCUUCCCUGACCUUUAACCUCUCCAGAUGGGCAUUCAACCGCAAGCAAACGUGAAAUAAGGCAGUUAUCUUAGAAAAUGUUUUUAAAUGCGAAGAAAAAAAAUAAAUAUGUUGCUGCCAGCAUCGAUCCCAAAUGUUGCCAUCAGAGCUGCAGGGGGCGCUGUGGCUGAGAAGUUUUAAGUACUGCAAGUUCUGGAUUUAUUCACAUUUGGUUUGAUCCACAGUCUAAACAUCUGCUCGCUGAAAGGGCAAUGAAGAAAAAAUGCGAGCAGAUUGUUUUUGUGUGUGGGAUGUAUGUGUCAGUUCAGUUGACACCAUGUGUAUAUAUGUAAUGUUUAUAUAAAGGGAUUGUGUUUAACUGACCGUAGUAAAGCACUGAAGUUACUCUGUGGGAUGCUGGGAGAAAUUCUGUGAGAAUGUGUCAUACAUCAGUAAUUUCUAAGCUCUUAUUUUAGCUUUUAAGUCAGAUGUAACAUAGACACCUAUGCAACAUAGUGCUUCAACAGUGCUGCAGUAUUUGCAUUCAAAAUGUUCCUUUUUGUGUAAAGAUUCAGUUUUCUGAUGCACUUUGUGCAGGCAAGUGUUUAUCUUUAUUAUAGUUAAACAUGUUUCUAUUAUUUUGUCAUUUACAUAUGUGGAAGACACAUGGUGUACUUUGAUGUACACAAACAAUAACAAAAGCAGAGAGCGUAUGAGCUCUGACAACAUCAGUGGCCCACAAACCACAGCUUAACCAGCAGAUCUAUUACAGGACUGUUGCCUUGGUACGUUACAGUGAAUAUUUCUGUUUUUAGCAUGUUAUCUAACAAGACAUGUUAGACAUGCGUAAAAAUAUAAAUUUUUCAUCCAGUUCACGGUUAAUGUUUUCUUUGUCAUUAAGCAGGGUUUUUUUUAUUAUUAAAAAUACACUAUUAUUUAAAAGUCAACACUCAAACAUUUGGCAAAAAAAGGAUUAACCUAAGAUAUUGUAGAUUUACACUUUGGCGCUGCACUUUAUGAAAAUAUGUGUUUGUGCAACAGAUUUUCUUUGCUGUGUCCUAACCUCACUAAAAAUUUGGACACUGUUUUGAUUCACGACAAUUUCUCUUAUUUGAAUUGUCAUUUAUUCAGG